UAGGGCCAAUUGGAACUCCAUCAAUUUCAUACAACGAAUCGACACUAACAAGAAGUCCCUCAGCCAAUUGGACUCUUGGUAUUACAGAACACUCCAAAGAAACUUUAAUUACAUCCUACAAUGAUGAUAAUACUAUUAAAAACAGGCAAUGAUUGUACACAUUGUGCUAUAAUUUGACAAUAAUCGAAUAAACACAAAAAGAGUUUGUAAAGAAGAAGUUUUCAUCGAGUUUCGUCUUCUCCUACAAGUCAUGUGUGCCUAGUAUGUUGUGCGCGUCAAGUUUCGUUGACAUCCGAACCCGUUUGAGCAUUUUAGUGUGUCAAACGGUUCGAAAAAGAGUUAUUAAGUAAUAAGAUUUCAUAAACAGAAAUUAAGCUCCAGAUUCAAAACCGGGAAUUGGUUUCGAGUCCCGUCUUCUCCUACAAGUCAUGUGUGCCUAGUAUGUUGUGCGUGUCAAGUUUCGUUGACAUUUGAGCCUGUUUGAGUAUUUUAGUGUGUCAACCAGUUCAAAAAAGAGUUUGUAAAGAAUAAGUUUUCAUAAACGAAAUGAAUGCUCUAGAUUCAAAACCGUGAAUCGGUUUCGAGUUCUGUCUUCUCCCACAUGUCAUGUGUGCCUAGCAUGUUGUGUAUGUCAAGUUUCGUUGAUAUCCGAGCCUGUUUGAGCAUUUUAGUGUGUCAAACGGUUCGAAAAAGAGUUAUUAAGUAAUAAGAUUUCAUAAACAGAAAUUAAGCUCCAGAUUCAAAACCGGGAAUUGGUUUCGAGUCCCGUGUUCUCCUACAAGUCAUGUGUGCCUAGUAUGUUGUGUGUGUCAAGUUUCGUUGACAUCAGAACCCGUUUGAGCAUUUUAGUGUGUCAACCGGUUCGAAAAAGAGUUAUUAAGUAAUAAGAUUUCAUAAACAGAAAUUAAGCUCUAGAUUCAAAACCAGGAAUCGGUUUCAAGUCCCGUCUUCUCCUACAAGUCAUGUGUGCCUAGUAUGUUGUGCGUGUCAAGUUUCGUUGACAUUCGAGCCUGUUUGAGCAUUUUAGUGUGUCAACCGGUUCGAAAAAGAGUUUGUAAAAAAUAAAUUUUCAUAAACGGAAAGAAGGCUCUAAAUUCAAAACCGGGAAUCGGUUUCGACUUCUGUCUUCUCCUACAAGUCAUGUGUGCCUAGCAUGUUGUGCAUGUCAAGUUUCGUUAACAUCCGAGCCCGUUUGAGCAUUUUAGUGUGUCAACCGGUUCGAAAAAGAGUUUGUAAAAAAUAAGUUUUCAUAAAAGGAAAUUAGGCUCCAGAUUCAAACCGGGAAACGGUUUCAAGUCCUGUCUUCUCUUACACGUCAUGUGGGCCUAGUAUAUUGUGUGUGUCAAGUUUCAUUGACAUCCGAGCCCGUUUGAGCAUUUUAGUGUGUCAACCAGUUCGGAAAAGAGUUUGUAAAGAUUAAGUUUUCAUAAACGGAAAUUAGGCUCUAGAUUCAAAACCGGGAAUCGGUUUCGAGUUUUGUCUUCUACUACAAGUCAUGUGUGCCUAGUAUGUUGUGCGUGUCAAGUUUCAUUGACAUCCGAACUCGUUUGAGCAAUUUAGUGUGUCAUCCGGUUUGGAAAAGAGUUUGUAAAGAAUAAGUUUUCAUAACCGGAAAGAAGGCUCUAGAUUCAAAAUCAGAAAUCGAUUUCGAGUUCUAUCUUCUCCUACAAGUCAUGUGUGCCUAGUAUGUUGUGCGUGUCAAGUUUUGUUGACAUACGAGCCCGUUUGAGCAUUUUAGUGUGUCAUCCGGUUCAAAUAAGUUUGUGACUUAUUUGGAUUCGAAGUAUUACAUUGAUUUUAUAAUUUUUUUAUAUUAUUAUUCAUAUUUUUUAGAUCAUUUAAGCACAAAACUUUUUAUUAUUAAAUAAGUCACCCCUAAAUCACAAUUGUAAAAUUAGUAUACAAAAUAUUAUUGCAGAAAUUCUAAUUUAUCUCUACCUAUGGGCCACUUUGUCUUGGAUUUGAUCACAUUACUUGGUACUUUUGGUUAAAUAAACUAGCACACAUAUAUGUUAAGAACUAUUAUAUAUGUAUAUAUAUAUAUAUAUUAUGAAAGUUCCCAUUUGAUGAGACUUAAGGUUUGGUUUGGUUAUAUAUAUAUUAUGAAAGUGACUUAAAUACAAAUAUUAACAAGUCCUAAAUAUACAUAUUAACAAAAUCGUUAUGGGUGCUAAAGAUAUUUUUACCAGAUGUUAUUGUUUGAUUUUCUCCAACUUGAUCUCAGCUUUGAUAGCAACAAAAAGGCAUAGAAGAGCCAAAAACAGCAACAGAGAGCAAUCACUUCCAGUUUUUGUCAGUGAGCAUGACCAAUUCAUGCCCAUUGCUAACAUUACUCGGAUAAUGCGAAGGGUUCUCCCUCAACAUGCCAAGAUCUCCGACGACGUCAAAGAGUACGUCCAACAAUGCAUCUCCAAAUUCAUCAGCUUCAUCACUGGCGAAGCCAACGAGCGCUGCCACCACGAGCAGGGCAAGACUGUCACCGCCCAGGACAUCCUCAGUGCAAUGGGUAGGCUUGGUUUUGAGGACUACGUAGAGCCAUUGACUCUAUUCCUGAACCAUUAUAGAGGGAUUGAGAGCGAGCAUACCUUGAUGCGUGGAGAGCCCUUUGUGAAGCGCACCACCGGGGAUUUCGUGCAGCCUGGGCCUGGAAAUUAUGGGCCGCAGGGUUUCCCCGUGACCCAAACCCAAGCCCAAGGACUUUUGGAUGCACAUGCAGCUAUGAUGAAAAAGGGAAUGAACAGUUACUAUGGGGACAGUCGCGGAGGAGGCAGCUCCUCUUCCAGCCAGGCUGCUCUGCCUAGCUUUGAUCCGUGUGGGCAGUUCAAGCGGUCUUGA